GCAUACUCGCUUUUGCCAGGCUGGAUUUAAAGGGCCAGUUACCUGGCAAACCGGCUUUUCAAAAAUCGCUCCUUUGUCGGCGCCUUUUGAAGUCAGGGCUCGGUAACUUAACAUGGGACAGUGGUGGCAGCGGCAACAGCUGUUGCUGUUUUGCUUCCUGUUGCUUGUAUUGAGGAGCUAUUCUGGGACGGAAAAGGGAAAAGAAAAGGAGGAGGAAGAGCACCUGCCCAGCAAAUGUGAAGUCUGCAAAAUACUGAGCUUGGAGCUUCAGGGGGAACUGAAUCGGAGCAGCCAUUCUCGGGAGUUGCUGGAACUAGGGCAGGUGCUAGACACUGGCAAGAGAAAGAGACAAGUCCCCUACAGCACUUCGGAGAUUCGGCUGGAGGAGGCCCUUGAGAACCUGUGUGAACAGAUUCUGGAUUACAGCAUCCAUGCUGAGCAUAAAGGCUCCCUAAGAUAUGCCAAGGGUCAGAGUGAGACCAUGGCAACCCUGAAAGGCCUAGUACAGAAGGGUGUGAAGGUGGAUCUCGGAAUCCCUUUGGAACUGUGGGAUGAACCUAGUGUGGAGGUUGCAUUCCUCAAGAAGCAGUGUGAGCUGAUGUUGGAGAGGUUUGAAGAUGUCAUUGAAGACUGGUACUUCCACCACCAGGAGGUGCCACUGGAGCAGUUCCUCUGUGAGGAACAUGUUCUUGGGAAGGAGGAGAUGGAUUGUCUUCAGGAAACCUGGACUGAGGAUUCAAGAGAACAGAAUGAGAAGGGCUUGAAAGAGAGCCUAGGGCACCAUCCCCAUGAUGCUGCAGACCUCUGACCAGAAUCAGACUUAAUAUCACCUUCUGAUUUUCUAGAUCACUAUUAAAGUUUGUUUUUAUAUAUGUAUAUGUCAUCUAGGUAUGAAGGUGACGUCACCUUUAGCCUAGUCACAUUUGGAGAUUUUGUCCACUCAAAGUAGCUGCUGCCUAUGGUAGCCCCUAAGAUUGGAGACAACAAAAAUGAGUGGCCAGGCCAGGCCAUGGUACUUUGAAGAAAGCUAUGGAGCUCCAAGAUGUUUUCAGACUUGUACCUGGGCUACCACCUGCCCUGCACAUGUUUCUGGUGGGAAGUUUUACAAGGCCAGUUUCAUCUUGGCAGAUAAAAAUGUAAAGAAUGUAAAGGAUUGUAUGAAAGUCAAUAGCCACUAGUGCCUUUUCUGUAUGCUUUCCUUCUAACCCAGGUGGGGAGGGGAGGAGGAGUGGCCCAUGGAAGGAGAGAGUGACCAAAAUACCCAGAGGACCCAGGAACGAUUCCCUGCAUGUACAAGUGCAGAUAUUCUACUGAAGCCAGUGAGCAUGUGAGAGCUUCAUUGUACAUCAAGGGUUCUUAACUUGGGGUCUAUGAAUUUUUUUCUUAACAUUUUAAUAAUUGUAUUUGGGGGGGCGGGGAUUGGACAAUGCCGGUUAAGUGACUUACCCAGGGUCACACAGCUAGUAAGUGUC